AUGCCUCCCAAAAGUAGAAAAUCAGAUCUAAUUUCAAAUCAACUUAAAGUAAAAUUUGAUUACUAAUAUUCAAAGGAAGAGGGAAAUACUGAAUUACUUAAUAGAGAAUAUUAUAAAGCUAUUAUCUUAUAUACGAAAGCUCUUUGUAAACUUAUUAUAAAAAUGAUUUUUUAGAAUUUGAAGAGAAUCCUAUUUGUUAUAAUAAUCGUGCUCAAGCUUAUUUUUAUACAGAUGAACUAGAAUUGGCCUUGGAAGAUUGUAAUAAAGCAUUACAAUUAAAUCCAAAUUAUAUUAAAGCUAUUACUAAUAAGGCUUAAGUACUAUAUGAAAUGGGUUAUCUUCAAGUAUAACUCUAAACUUAUUUUUAGUAAGCAAUUGAAUGUUUGUAGAGUAUAAAUAAUCACACUCCAGAAAGUCAAAUAUUACUCAAUUAAUAUUAAUCAUAAUCUCUAAAAGUAAAACUGAUAUCACAUCAAGAAUAUAUUAGAUUAAGGAGAAUUAGAACGUUAGAAGACACUAUUAGAAUGGUUAAAAUAAGGAAAAGCCCUAUUUCCAAAAAUAAAAAUCGAAUGUUAUACAGACACUUAUCGUGGUGUUAAUGCUAAAUAAACUAUAAAUGCUAAAGAGCUGAUUCUCUUCAUUCCAAAAUCUCAUAUGAUAACCUUAGAAAUGACAAAAGAAAUUCCUGUAGCUAAAAAAAUGAUAUAAUUCAGACUAGAUUUACUUUCACCAAAACAUUCAUUUCUCUCUACCUUUUUACUUUAAGAGAAAUAUAGACCCAAUUCUUUUUGGAAACCAUAUCUAGAUAUAUUACCAUAAUCCUAUCCAUCAUUUCCCAUAUUCUAUAAUAAUAAUGAUUUAGAAUGGUUAAAAGGUUCACCAUUUUUAAGUAUUUAUUAAAUAAAAUAAUUUAGAGUAGAUUAAAGAUAAGCUUACUGAUCUAAAAAAAGAUUAUAAUGAUAUCUGUGCUGUUGCACCUGAAUUUAAAUAAUAUUUAUUUCAUGAAUUUUGUUGGGCAAGGAUGACAGCUAGUAGCAGAAUUUUUGGUAUAAACAUUAAAGGUGUUAAGACAGAUGCAUUUGUACCAUUAGCAGAUAUGCUUAAUCAUAAAAGACCAAAAUUAACAUCUUGGUGUUAUUCAGAUGAAAAAUAAGGAUUUAUUAUAGAAACAGAUGAAAAAAUUGAAAGAGGAUAAAUGAUAUUUGAUAGUUAUGGAAGAAAAUGCAACUCAAGAUUUUUAUUAAAUUAUGGUUUUGUAGUUGAUGAUAAUGAUGCAAAUGAAGUUAUUGUUACUGUCAUUGCAGAUUUAAAUGAUCCUCUCUUAUAAUUAAAAGAAGAAUCAAUUGAGGAAUAAUUAUAAUGGCCUAAAACAUUUAGAUUAAUGAUGGAUACAGAUGGUACUUAUAUAAAUAUAUCUAGAACCAACAAUUAUGGAAUUCAUGAGUUAUAUCAGAUUUUUAGUGAUUAGAGAUGAAACUUAACUUUAAUUACUAUUUAAUUAAAGAGAAUCCAAAUACUUUAAACCUACUAAAACAUAACCUUUGAGUUUAUAAAAUGAAUUUGAUAUGUGGGAAAUGAUAAGACGAAUAAGUAACAAUGCUUUAUAACAAUAUGCAACUACAUUUGAAGUGAGUCUAUUUAUAAAUUACUUAGCAAGAUAAAGAAAUACUUUAAAUUUGUGAAUUAACUAUAAAUGAAAGAAAUUGUUUGAUUCUUAGGAUGGGAGAAAAAGAAAUAUUGAAAUUUUAUUAAUAAUUAAGUGAAAAUAUGAAAUAGCUUUUAAGUAAUUUUAAUUAAUUAGUAUUUUAUUAAUCAAAAUAAAAUAGGAAAUUAAUAUAUUCUGUUAAAAAGAAGAAAACUGUAAAUACUUAAACUAUAUAAAUAAACUUAUUAUAUUUUUAAAUUAAGAUGAUCAAUGA